AUGCCGAUCACGUUAAAUCAAAACGACGUGGGUAUCAACCUCGAGAUUACAGCACCUCCCGGAUGGACUUUCGGCGCAGGUGACACCAUCAUCGGAAAUGUGGUCCGUCGACAGCCCAUCGUGGCCCCCGAAGCCACUGUGAGACUGGAGCUGGUGGGGCGCGUCAAGACCAAAAUCACCGUCAAGCGCGGCAACAACAACCGCAGCGUGUAUCGCAGCCGAUGGGACCUUCUCGGCGUGACUUCGCAAACCCUCUUUCGCGGUCCGCUUCAUCUGCCAGAAGGGACCGAUGAAAGCCUCACCUGGCCGUUCGAGGUUCCUAUUCCGUCGGGUCCUGCGUCGUCCGUUCUGCUGGGACAUGAUCAGCAAGAAAGCUUCCUACCGCUGAACAAGGAGAGCCUUGCGUAUCAGCCGCUACCGGGGAGCUUUUUCUCGAGUCGAGUCGGCUGGAAUCACACCUCCGAGGGAUUCGUCGAGUAUUAUCUUCAAGCUGAACUGCGGUUUAGUCGUGGAGGAUCGUAUGAUACUCUUAAUGCCACAUCACCUAUCGCUUUGCGCCAGCCAGCUGCACCUAUCUUACUCGACUAUGACAUUUUGCAACGGCAGCUGCCAAAAUCGGUGAGGAGUCAGAGACUCCUACCUGGGAUGGAAGAUGCCGAUUUAUCAUUCAAACAAAAGACACAAAAGCUCUUCGGGUCAUCGAAAGUACCCGAAUUCCACUUCAUGGUGGAUUUCGCAUUCCCGCGGCGAAUUCAGUUCGAGAAUGCGGCGCCUAUCCCGCUCAUCAUAGGCAUUAGGCCAGACCUUGAGCGCACAAGCGACAGUAUCCAAGACGUCAGGCAAACUAUCCAGUUGAACUGGCUCCGAUUGAAAAUCAAAAGCACUACUAUCGUCACUGCGCCGGGGAAUUUCAGUUCAUACCCUCAUUCUGAUGACCAGUCUUGUGACUAUCACCUCGGGUUGGAAAGGCUGUUUGCUAAACUGGAAAACCCUAUUGUAUUCACCACUGGGAAGGGCAAUGAGCCAAUCAAUAUCGGCGAUAUGCUUCAGCUUGUCCUUCGGCCCGACGGAUUAUAUGCUCAAGGGGCGCGUCUCGCUCCUGUCUCUGGGAUCCAGCCGGACUUCGUGACGUAUAAUAUUCGACGGAAUAAUACGUUAUCGUGGGAGAUAUCCUUGAGUGUAGCGGGAGAAGUCCUUACAUUCAAGGGAUCAACUGAGCUUCAAUUAUUAGCGGCCCCUUAA